AUGGGAGAAUGGAGCUUUCUGAGCGAUCUGCUGGAAUCGAUCAAGAACCACUCCCCUAUGUUGGGUCGCAUUUGGCUCCUGAUCAUGAUGAUUUUCCGAAUCCUUGUCCUGGCCACGGUGGGAAGUGACAUUUUUGAGGAUGAGCAGGAGGAGUUUGCCUGCAACACAAUGCAGCCUGGCUGCAAGCAGGUGUGCUACAACAAAGCGUUUCCCAUUUCACCGUUCAGGUUCUGGGUGUUCCACAUUGUGAUUCUGUCCGUCCCGUCCCUGCUGUUUGUGGUCUACGCCAUGCACCAGUCCUCGAAGGACGAAGAGAAGCAAGAGAACGUUGACAAGAACCAAAGCAGUAAGCAGGCCAUCGACGGGGCUCCAAGAAUCCAGAGAUGUUACAUCGUUCACGUUAUUCUGCGCCUGCUGACUGAGAUUGGCCUCAUCAUUUCUCAGUGUUUAAUAUACGGCUUCACAAUCGAACCCCAGUUCCUGUGCACUGGCUUCCCGUGCCCUCACAUCGUGGAUUGUUUUGUCUCCCGACCAAUGGAGAAGACGGUGUUUUUAAUGUUCUAUUUUAUAGUUGGCAUCCUCUCUGCAAUUAUUAGCCUUGUUGAGUUGCUACAUGUUUUUCGCAAAUUAUUUUACAGGAGGCCAUUGAAAUCCUGCGAGCAACAGAACCGGUCAAACAGUAACUAUGAGAGGGGUAGGGACCCCCACUCAGUCCAGUUGAUAGAAAAGAAAGAUGCAAUGAACCACAACGUCAGCCACUCUGACAAGGAGUCUAGUCACAAGACCAAAUCAUUAGGCAGUCGCAACAGUGGGAGGUCUUCACAGUUAAGUGCAAAGAAACCACCUCUUAAAAUCUAA